AUUACGAUUUUGGAAUGAGAGCGGUUAAGACCGUUAUAUCUGUGGCUGGAAAUCUUAAAAGAGAAAAUCCUGAUAUGGAUGAACGUCAGAUAUGCUUAAGAGCGUUAAGGGAUGUGAAUGUCCCCAAAUUCCUUAAAGACGACCUUAAAUUAUUCAAUGGUAUUGUUUCUGACUUAUUCCCGAGAAUGGUGGAGCAAGCUGUUGAUUAUGGAGCUUUGGAGUUGGCCAUUAGAGAUUCUUGUAUAGCUAAUAAAUUGGAAGAUGUAAACGAGUUCGUGAAAAAAGUAAUACAACUAUACGAAACAACAAUUGUACGACAUGGUCUGAUGUUGGUAGGUCCAACAGGGUCAGGAAAAACAAAGUGUUAUGAAAUUUUGAAACAUGCAAUGACGUCACUAAAGGGCCAACCUCAACCGAGUGGAUACCCAUUUCAAGCUGCGCAGACGUAUGUAUUAAACCCAAAAUCCAUCACCAUGGGACAGUUAUAUGGGGAAUUUGAUUUGCAGACCCACGAAUGGACAGAUGGUAUCUUGCCGUGCCUUGUUCGCGUAGGUAUUAAUGCCCCGAACAAAGACAAAAGAUGGUACGUCUUUGACGGUCCAGUGGACGCGGUUUGGAUAGAAAACAUGAACACGGUCCUGGACGACAAUAAAAAACUAUGCUUGAGUUCGGGAGAAAUUAUAAAAUUGAGGGACACGAUGACUAUGAUGUUUGAAGUUGCCGAUUUGGCUGUAGCUUCACCGGCAACCGUUUCAAGAUGUGGAAUGGUGUAUCUCGAACCUGGUGUGCUUGGGUUGGAUCCUUUUAUAAACUGCUGGAUGAAGAGACUACCACCGUUGGCAAAGCCGUUCGUUGAAGAUCUAUAUAGUUUAUUCAACUAUUACGUUUUGCCUGCCAUCGAAUUUGUCAGGACUAGACUAAAGGAAGUGUUGACGUCGGUAGAUUCAGCUUUAUUGAUGUCCUUCCUGAGAUUAAUGGACUAUCGACUAUUGCCAAUAUCUGGAAAGGACAACAGACCUCCGCCCCCGCCACAGUUUGUGGCUUUGAUGCAAAAUCUUCUGGUACCCUGGGUGGUAUUUAACACUAUAUGGAGCAUAGGGUCAACGUGCGACAACCAAAGCAGGCCCAUGUUUGACAGCUUCAUAAAAGAAAAGAUGACAUCUGCGGAACACGAACCUCCGUUUUCAACUGGCGAACUUUGUUACGAUUUCAACUUGCAUGACGGCGGCUUCACUGAUCAGACACCCGAUGGAGAACCUGCACCGCCCACGUGGUACAGUUGGAUGGACAACGUUGCCGAAUACAAAAUAAAUAUUGACAUGAAAUACUCUGAUAUCGAAAUUCCCACUAUCGAUAACGUAAGGAACGCCUGGAUGGUGGGAGCGAUUUUGUUGAACGAAGACAAUGCCUCAGGUAGUCUCAAAACCGGCACGGGUAAAACUUUGACAGUUAUUGGAAAACUCAGCAAGAACAUGCACAAGAAAUUUAUAUGUGAUUUUAUCAAUUUCUCGGCUAGAACAACAGCAAACCAAACACAAGUACAAUAA